GGGACGUGGGCAGGGCCCUCGGCGUUAGCACACCCCUACCGCCUGUGUCAGAGUAUUUCAGAACAGAGGCCAGCAUUUAGUCAUUCUGCAUGAAAGCUGCACACGCACUCUUGUCCGCUGAAGUCCACUCUAACUUUUGGACGAUAGGAGGAUAUUUCUGUUUUUUUCGGACCCAGAUGAUUUGAUUUGCUUUUUCCGCUCUUGUAGAAACUGUGCGUUGUGACCAGAGGAUACUUUUACGCACAGUUCUUUGACACUCACUAGGACAAUGCCUCGAUCUUUCUUGGUCAAAAAGUACUUCGCUAAACAAAAGCCAAACUACAGUGAACUGGAAUGUCAGAAUGACACUUUACUGGAGAGGUAUCCUCUUGCUGAGCUCUCAUCAGGGGACAACACCUCCUCUGCCACCUGCUUCACCACAGGUCUGGUGUGGGACCUGAGUGUUCUGCCCGCCCUCUACCUGCCCCCCUCCCAAACAGAGCCCUCUGCCACCCCAGGACCCCUGGACCUCAGCUCCCCGUCCAGCCUCAGCAGUGGCGCCAGCAGUUGUGGAGAGGAGGAUGAAGGACGCACGUCAGACCCCCCCAGCCCCGAACCGGUGCACACAUAUGCCCCUCGCCAGCGGAUGAAAUGCACUGGCGUUAUGCCUCACAUAAGUCCCCCUGAGGAAGAGGAGGAGAGGGAGGCCCCCGCCACAGCAGCACGGCCAGCUUUCCUCUGCAAACACUGCCCCAAAGAGUACACCAGCCUCGGGGCUCUGAAGAUGCACAUCCGCUCACACACCCUGCCCUGCGUGUGCACCACUUGUGGAAAGGCUUUCUCCAGGCCGUGGCUGUUGCGCGGCCACAUCCGCACACACACAGGUGAGCGCCCCUUCUCCUGCCCCCACUGCAACCGGGCCUUUGCGGACCGCUCCAACCUACGGGCUCAUCUGCAGACUCACGCGGAGGUGAAGAAGUACCAGUGCAGCAUCUGCUCUCGCACCUUCAGCCGCAUGUCGUUGCUGCAGAAACACAGCUCCUCAGGGUGCUGCUCCACUGCGGUGUGAGACACCACAGAGACAGACAGAGGGGACCCCACUCAGAGCUCAGGGCAGUGGAAGGUCUACACAAGCCCAGCUGGCCUGUUGACUACCUGUAAGGCCACAAAGAGCAUGAAAUGGCCUGCUUUAAGAGACUUGGAGGGAAUCGAGUCUCAUUAUUGGAUCUGAGUUUAUGAGCCUUUUAGAGUCUCUGCUCUGUAAAAAAAAAAAAAAAAACAUCUGAGGAGCAGAUUUUUUUUCUUCCAAUCUAGAUUGAGGUCUCGAGGCUGGACCAAAA